AUGCAGAGAACCCUCGGUAUCCAGUUCAAGCCGAAAAGCAACAGCAUAACCAGUGUCUUUCCUGCACCUGCUACAUACAGGGCAUUAGAUGAGCCAACACCUGUUCGCAUAAAGGCUCCGGCAAAACUCCCCAACACUAGCGAUAUCAGAAAUCCAACACGUCGAUCUCGUGAACGGUUUCGUAUCUUCAAUAAGCUUGGAUCAAUAACAAGAUCAACCCAUGCUGCUGUUGCCAUAGCUGUUGUAAUCUCUUGGAUUCGAAAAGGUCUCAUGGAGGCUACUUGGGCCCCCGACGCAAAGGCGAGUAAUGAUAACGAGCCCAUUGACGAAGGGCUGUUGCCAGACUGA